AUUGGGAGGAGAGUUUCCCGCAAGCUUUGAUUCGAGUUGAAUGAAAUCGUCGUUUUCAACAUGUUUGAAAAAGCCUACUUCUCCGUUGAAUAAUUUAUCGGGAAAAUCAACAGUGAGUCUAGUGUUGGAUGGGAUGGAUAGCAAGGGUGGAUCCCUGCCUCUGAUGCCUGCUCCCCUGAACCCAGUAAGCAUGAAGCAGCCAGGUGAGCCCCUGGCAGGGCGCAGGGCCCGGGGAGACCUGGGGGGCGACCCUGCCCUGCUCAUGGACAAAGCUGCGGCCCAGCUGGCUGCCACGCUCCAGGACAGUGUCCUGCAGAAGAUGGCCACCCACAGCCACGGCCACGAGAGGCUUAAAGACCUUACCUCUCGGGUGUUGAAUGGGGACCAGGAGAAGCUUCCCAAACUGUGCCCCCCCGACCCCCCCAUCCUGAAAGGGGCUGACACGCCCCCGCAGCACGGCAGCCCCCCCCGGAAAGGUGCCUCUCCCGAGCUCAAGCUCAAGAUUACCCAGAUGGUAGCCAAAGGCAAGGUGGCACGCUUUGAGCCGUGCUGUGCCGAGGGGCCCAACCUGGCCCCCGAAGGCCUCCUGGGGACGGCCGACGAGUCCAAGGCUGGGAGGAAGAGGAGGACUGUGAAGGCCAAGCUUCAGACCAAACCCCGGCUCUGUCUCGUCCCCGCGGUGGUGUCUCCCAGGCCUCAUCCAAGGGAAAUAUCUGCAGCAGCAAAGGUGUCUCCAGAGCAGAAGGCUGAGGUGCAGGUGGUGUUCUCCGUGGGAGACGUGGUGUGGACCAAGGUGUCAGGCUCCCCCUGGUGGCCCUGCAUGGUCACCAUCGACCCAGAACUCAACAAACAUUUCAAACACAAACAGAAAGUGAACUGCAGGACAGGACUGCUGUACCAUGUCCAGUACUUUGGGGAUAAUCCUGAGCGUGGCUACAUGUUGGAGAGGAGCAUGGUGUCCUUCAGGGGAGAGGACCAGUACCAGCAGCUAUGCCGGAGCAAAAAGCUGCCCACCGCUGCAGUCUUCCAGAAGCAGCCCCUGGUGCCUCGUAAGUUGCGGGCCCAGUGGAGCCUGGCGAUGGGCCAGGCCCAGAGAGCGGCCGGCCUGCCUCCGGAGGAGCGGCUGGCCUUGUUCAGCUUCAUCUACGAGGCCGACGGCCCCCGGCUGAACCCCUGCGUGCUGGAGGACCUGCCCUCCAGCCCGGACGGCCCCGAGGCGACUCCGCCAGCUCCCACCGGCCCUGCCGCCCCCAACGCCCACCUCAAACACAGCACUUCUGUGGGGAAGAGGACACCCCGCCCCCAAAACACAGAGGCCACAGCAAGGCGAGGUCGACGCAAGCUCACUGCUUCUCCGCUUGCAAAAAAAGCCAAGGCCUUAAACUCCUCCAAAGAAGAACCUCCAACACAGUCCCUCUCACAGGAUCCACCCAUAACAACCGACGCACAAUUACUUGAAUCUCAGAAGAAAACGAAAAAGUCCCGACUGGAAUCCCAGCCGCCUGUCAGGAGGGGCAAGAAGCGGUCCAAGCCGCUGCCUUGUGCUGCCAGCAUCCCAGAAGCCAACACCUCCCCCAAGAAGAAGCCCCAGCCCGCUCCAGGGGACCAGGAGGCUGACCCCAGAGGUAAGCCGGGGAGAAAGCCCUCUAAGAGAGCGCUGGAGGCAUCGGCUGACGAGCCACCCAGGAAGAGACACAGAGGGGUCAAAGUGGCUGAAAAACUCAAGGUCCCAGACAGCUCUGCCACAGCAAAGCAGAAAAACACUAAGAAGGUCAGGAAGGAAACCAGGAAGAAGGGAACCAAUAAGUCUUCACUGUCUGAGGACAUCCUGUCUGACAAGCCCAAGCGCGUGAGGAAGAAGAGGCAGGAUACAGGCCUCCAGCCAGCUCCCACCCAGCCCAAGAGGAGGAAGGCGCCAGCCGUUCCUGACCCCGAGGUCUCAGGCAGUGAGGAACGGCCUGACUCUCCCAGCUCCAGCAUCGACGGCACCAAGAAACACACAGGGCCCAAGAAGGAGAGCACCUGCCAGGUGUGCGAGCUGUCCGGGGAAGACGUGUUCCCCUGUGAGGGUCUGUGUUGUGGGAGCUUCCACCUGCAUUGCCUGGCCCCGGCCCCCCACACCACCAACCCUGCCCUCCAGACCUCCAGCCCUGCCCUCCACACCACCAGCCCUGCCCCCAUGGCCCCUGGCAAGCUACUGUGUUCCCAGUGCUCCUCAGGGGUGCACGUGUGCUUCUCCUGUAAGCAGUGGGAGGGGGAGGUGCGCCGCUGCACCGUGCUGCAUUGUGGGAAGUUCUACCACGAGGCCUGCGUGCGUCUGGACGCCCUCACGGUCUUUGACAACAAGGGCUUCCGCUGCCCGCUGCACACCUGCAGGAGCUGCCACUACGCCUGCCGCGCCAAGCCCCGCGCUUCCAAGGGGAGAAUGACGCGCUGCCUGCGCUGCCCUGUGGCCUAUCACACGGGGGACCUGUGCGUGGCAGCCGGCAGCCAGGUGCUCAGCCCCAACGCCAUCGUCUGCACCAACCACUUCUCUGCCAAGAAGGGCUACAGCCACCACUCCCACGUCAAUGUCAGCUGGUGCUUCGUCUGCUCCAAAGGCGGCCGUUUGCUCUGCUGCGAGUCAUGUCCUGCAGCAUUCCACCCAGACUGCCUGAACAUCGCCAUGCCGGACGGGAGCUGGUUCUGCAACGACUGCCGGGCCGGGAAGAAGCCCAAGUACCGCGACAUCAUCUGGGUCAAGCUGGGCAACUACAGGUGGUGGCCUGCAGAGAUCAGGCACCCUCGCUCCAUCCCCACCAACAUCCAGCACCUGCGCCACCAGAUCGGAGAGUUCCCCGUCUUCUUCUUUGGCUCCAGGGACUACUUCUGGACCCACCAGGGCCGCGUCUUCCCCUACAUGGAGGGCGACCGCAGCAACAAGCACCAGAAGACCGGCAUCGGCAAGGUCUUCAAGAACGCUCUCCUGGAGGCUGAAACUCGCUUCAAGGAGACGAAAGUGGAGCGUGAGGCCAAGGAGGCCCAGGAGAACAACAGGAAGCCACCUCCAUAUAAGUACAUCAAGGUCAACAAACCGUUUGGCAAGGUGCAGGUGUACACGGCCGACGUGUCGGAGAUCCCCAAGUGCAACUGCAAGCCCAGCGACGACAAGCCGUGCGGCUUCGAGUCCGAGUGCCUGAACCGCAUGCUGAUGUACGAGUGCCACCCCCAGGUGUGCCCCAGCGCCGAGCGCUGCUGCAACCAGGACUUCACCAAGCGCCUCUACCCCGAGACCAAGAUCGUCAAGACCGCCGGCAAGGGCUGGGGUCUAGUCUCUCUCAGGGACAUCAGGAAGGGGGAGUUUGUGAACGAGUACGUGGGCGAGCUGAUCGACGAGGAGGAGUGUCGAGCCAGGAUCAGACACGCCCAGGAGAAUGACAUCACGCACUUCUACAUGCUCACCAUCUACAAGGACCGCAUCAUUGACGCCGGGCCCAAAGGCAACUACUCGCGCUUCAUGAACCACAGCUGCCAGCCCAACUGCGAGACCCAGAAGUGGACGGUGAACGGAGACACCAGGGUGGGGCUGUUUGCCGUGUGCCACAUCCCGGCAGGCACUGAGCUCACCUUCAACUACAACCUGGAUUGCCUUGGCAACGAGAAGACAGUGUGUCGCUGCGGGGCGCCCAACUGCAGCGGUUUCCUAGGCGACCGGCCCAAGAGCGGGCAGGCGGAACCUAAAGGAGGGAAGAGGGGGAAGAAGAAGGUGAAGAGGCGGCGGACGAAGAACGAUGGGAAGAAGCCGUCUGAGGACGAGUGUUUCCGCUGUGGAGACGGAGGACAGCUGGUUCUCUGCGACAAGAAAAGCUGCACCAAGGCCUACCACUUGUCCUGCCUGGACCGCAUCAAGAGGCCCUUUGGCCGCUGGGACUGCCCUUGGCACCACUGUGACGUCUGCGGGAAAACCUCUGAGGCGUUCUGCCAGCUGUGCCCCAACUCCUUCUGCAGGGCUCAUCAGGAGGGGGCUCUGCAGUCCUGGCCCCCCACGGGGCAGCUCUGCUGCCAGGAGCACGAAGACUCCGCCCCGCCCAGAGACCAGCAGGCCUAGGGGCUCCUCUGGGCAGGAAGCUCACCCCACAAUCAUGUCCUCAAGAUGAGAACUAGAGGGCACCGCAGAUCUCUUCUCCUCAGUGCUCCUUCACCACCAGGGACCCCCUCACCACCAGGGACCUCCUCACCACCAGGGACCCCUCGCCACCAGGGACCCCCCCACCACCAGGGACCCUUCACCACCAGGGACCUCCUCACCACCAGGGACUCCCCCACCACCAGGGACC